AUGAACUCAUUAAGAACAAGGACAGCAACGACGGCGAUCAGGAUCUGCAGGAGACACGCCUCUUCCAGCGCAAAGGCAACAGCAUCAAAAGCAGCAGCCUCAGCAUCCACAGAACCAUUGUUGACAAAAAAGAGAGAAAGUCUGGACCCAGCUCAAAACAAGGACAAGUUCCUUGUCGGGAACCCACACCCAGUUUCAAACCUCCGUCCAGUCUUAUACCCCAUCCCUGCCAACGAGCCCAAGGAAGAUCGACUCUUCCGGGAGAGAUGCGAGCGUGUCGAUGCCUUCAACCAGAACUUUUGGGUCAACAAUAACGCCAUGUUCAACAAGGCCAAAGCCGAAUUCGAGGAGAAAGUCCGCGCAACGAACGGAAACCAACCAGUGACGACAGACGAGCUUUCAGUGUUCUACAAGGACUUCUUGGACAAGGCAUACGAACGACAGCUCAACUACAACAAGCAGUGGUGGAUCGAGAACAUUGGCCUUCUCCUCCCUGCUGCAAAGGCCGCCGUCAGGAAAUGGACCUCUCGUUCCUAG